UUGACCAUUUAGUUUCAAUUUUCUACUGCGACUCGAAAGUAUUCAAGAUGUUCAAGUAUUUGAUCGUAUGCCUGGCGCUGUGCACAUUGGGUUAUGCUAAUGGAGAUUGGGUUCCCAAAACUGCAAAUGAGAUCAAGGAGAUACGCGGUGAAUGCCUUAAGGCGCAUCCCCUGUCCGUUGAGCAGAUCAACAAGCUGAAGCAAACUGAAUUCCCUGACGAGCCCGAGGUGCGCCAAUAUCUGCUAUGCACUGCCACCAAGCUGGAUAUCUUCUGUACACACGAAGGUUACCACGCGGAUCGACUGGCUAAGCAGUUUAAGAUGGACCUCACCGAGGAGGAGGCACUGCAAAUUGCCCAGGGCUGCAUCGACAGCAAUCCUGAGAAAAGCCCAGCAGACGUUUGGGCUUUCCGCGGUCACAAGUGCAUGAUGGCCAGCAAGAUCGGCGAGAGGGUCAGGGCCUACAUUAAGGCCAAGCAGGCUGAGGCAGCUGCAAAGGCUUAAGCUCAAUAAAUUGUCCGUUGUGCU